UGAGUUGAAGAGUUAGGUACAUUUCCAAGUUCCCACGCAACUCAAAAAUCGAGGAAAAAUCAAACAAGAAAAGUCGAAAAGAGUAAACAAAUUCAAUUCCGAUCGUUCCUGAUUCUCUCCGUCAAAGUAUUUCAGCUCCGAGCUUCUUCGCAUUCAUCACCAAAACACACACACCUUCAAAAUCAAGCAUUGAUCACUCUCAUGGAAAUCUUGCCGUCAGUCAAAACCCGGUAUUCAAGAAUUCCGCCGUCGCAUAACCCGUGCCGUUUCAUUAAUUCGAGCAGAAAAUUCAGUUUCUUAAAUGGCGACGCGAAUCCCGUUUCUCGGAACAACAGCAGUUUUCAUCAGAUGAAGGGCCGGAAAUUGGUAAUAAGCAGUAGUUCUGAUGAAAGCGGACCGAUUGCUCAACGGAGUCUCGAGAAUUCGCCGCUUUCGAUGGAAUUGGUGCCCAUUUCCGGCGAAGCCCAAUUCGAUCGCGUCGUCGCCGAGUCCCAACAGCUCGCGGAAUCCGUCGUCAUUUUAUGGAUGGCGAGCUGGUGCAGGAAAUGCAUCUAUUUGAAACCAAAACUCGAAAAACUAGCAGCCGAUUAUUAUCCAAGAAUAAGAUUCUACUCAGUUGAUGUGAACAGUGUUCCCCAUAAGCUCGUCGUUCGUGCUGAAGUUACCAAGAUGCCCACGAUACAGCUAUGGAGGGAUGGCAAGAAGCAGGCGGAGGUGAUCGGAAGCCAUAAGGCCUACUUGGUAGUAAACGAGGUUCGAGAAAUUAUAGAAAAUGAAAAUAGUUUGUAAAUCGAUUUUCAAGGAUCCCCUUUUUUCCAUUUCUUUUAUCUGUUUCUGUGUUGAAUUAGUUGUAUUCGGCUCGACUCGGUUCGACUGUGAAAGUGAUGGCUAGAAGUGGCCAUCACUGAGUCUUUUAGGGUGCAGCUAAUGUUGAUUUGAAUUAGCUGUUACUGAUCAAUGUUACUUUGUAUUAUUUCUAGAAAGAAAAGAAAAAGCCGUUGACACCCAA